AUGCUAGAGGGUGGCCAUGUGGAUGGCAAGGUGAUCGUCCUCCAGCCCCGGCGAAUAACAGCCCUGAGUGUUGCCAAGCGCAUGGCGGACCUUUGGGGCGAACCCGUCGGAGAGACUGUAGGAUACCGCAUCCGUCACGAGUCAGUCGUCUCCAACCGGACGCGGAUAGAGGUCGUAACCGAAGGAGUGCUCGUUCGAAUACUCAACGGCAACCCCACUCUUGAAGGCAUUAGUUGCAUCUUCUUCGACGAGUUUCACGAGCGUUCGGUGGAUUCCGAUCUAAGUUUCACGCUAUGUCUUCAUUUGAAGAGGCAGAGGCGCGUUCCGGUACGAAUGGUCGUGAUGAGUGCCACCUUCGGAGCGCUCGGAGAGAAGGUUUCCAAGUUGCUGCAGAAUAGCCGCCAGAUCAUCAGCGAAGGGAGGGCUUACCCCGUCGCCGUGAACUAUUGUGGCGUUUUGAACCUGCGGAACUGGGAGCCUCGAGGCCCCAGGGACUUCGCAAAUACCGUUGCCAAGCAAAUCCAGCUCGCAUUGGAUGAGCACGAGGGGGACGUGCUGGUUUUCGUUCCCGGGGAACGAGAGAUAAUGUACGUUUGGAUCGCCCUGAACAACAUGGGCAUCGGUGACGGACAGCGGCCGAAAAACUUGGUGCCCUGGGCUCAUCGUCUCAUUGAUGACUCCAAGUUGGAUUUGAGCAAGAAGAUCCAGGUGAGCCCGCUCUAUGGCACCAUGGAGACGCAUGAGCAGGAUGCAGUGAUCACUGACUCCGGCGACGGCUGGCGAAAGGUGAUCCUGGCCACGUCUAUUGCAGAGUCGUCAAUCACAGUGCCCACUGUAAGAAUCGUGGUGGACACCGGUUUGCGGCGAGUCAAGGCAGUGGAUCCGACGACAUCGCUGAGCGAGAUGCG